UGGUAUUUAUUAAAGAUAGUGUAUAUUAUUGACAUUGUGCUGUUGUUCCUGUCAUGAUGGUAACAGGCAGGUUUGAGUGUGUCAGAUGAAUGAUUGUGUGUUGUGUGUCAGCAGUGAGUCCACAGGAGGUUGAUAUUCUUCUCCAGCGCAGUGAAGGCGGAGUCGACUCAGCUCUUAAUUACGCCAAAUCCAUCGCCAAAUACAUGAAAGACAUCAUCGGCUACGUGGACAAGAGAAUCACUCUCGAAAAUGAGUUUUCUAAAGGACUUCAGAGACUCUAUCAGUCCUGCAAACAGACCAUCAUUCAGGAACACAUGCCCUUGUUAUCUAUCUUCUCUUUGGCUCUUGAACAGGACUCAGAUCAGAGCUGUGGUUUACAACAGGCCACAAAUAACAUAUAUACACACUCUUUUCUGCAGCCCAUGACACAGCGACGACAGGAACAUGAGAAGAAACGGCGAGAUAUCAAAGAACAGUGGCAGAGAGCCAAAAGAAAACUGGCCGAUGCCGAGUCGAAUCUUCGUAAGGCACGACACCUGUACAUCAGCCGUUGUGAGGAGUACGAGAGAGCUCGCGCAGCAGCCAAUAGGGUUGAAGAGGAACAGAGCGGAACAGGAAGUAGCUCAACCACUAAAGUCCUGGACAAGAAGAGACGACUGGAGGAGGAAGCUCGCAACAAGGCGGAGGAGGCGCAGGCCACGUAUCGCACCUGCAUCGCAGACGCCACGACUCAACAUCAGGAGCUGGAGGACAUGAAGGUGAACGUGCUGAAACAGAUCCAGGAGCUCAUCAGACAGACGGAUCAGAUCUUACGAGCGUCUACAAUCUCAUACUAUCAGACGAUGCACGUGCAGACGGCAGCUCUGCCGGUUCAUUUCCAGACAUUGUGUGAGAGCUGUAAGCUGUACGAUCCAGCGCAGCAGUACUCCGCUUACGUCAAAAACCUGCAGCUCAAGACUGAAGAACCAGUACAGUACCAGUUUGAGCCGUAUUCUGCGUCCAGCCACCAGCCUCUUCGCACCCGGAACAACAGCCUCUGUAACAGCUCGGAGACCCCACCCACCACAGAGGAAGUGGGGUUAGGAGAGGGGGGUGUGGUUAAACAAAGACGUGGUCAAGGUCGAGAUCAUCAGCAGGCUCAUAAGUCCUGGCCGUCUACACUGAGUGAUACAGAUAGUGUCGGUGCAGGCAGUGGACUUGGAUCACCAACAUCCAGCACAGGAGACAUCUCAAAACCUUCCCGACCGGUGUCUGCUGCCACUUUGUCAUCCAAUGAAGAUCUAGAUGAUAGAGUUGGUACCAUGACCCCGUUUGAACAAAGUAUCAACGGCAUCGAGCAGGAAAGCGCAGCUCCCACUGGACCUUUCAGGAACGUGGGAUUAUCAAAAGCUGCAAAAACGCAUCGCCUGCGCAAACUGCGCACGCCGUCAAAGUGCCGAGAAUGUGACAGCUAUGUGUAUUUCCAGGGUGCAGAAUGUGAAGAGUGUUUUCUGGCGUGUCAUAAGAAGUGUUUAGAGUCUUUGGCGAUUCAGUGUGGUCAUAAGAAGCUCCAGGGCCGUCUGCAGCUGUUCGGUCGGGAUUUCUCCCAGGUCCUGCUGGGUGAUGACGAUGGUGUGCCCUUCAUCAUCAAGAAAUGCAUCACAGAGAUCGAGAAAAGAGCGCUUAAAAUGAAGGGAAUCUAUCGUGUGAAUGGAGUGAAGACCCGCGUGGAGAAGUUGUGUCAAGCGUUUGAGAACGGUAAAGAGCUGGUGGAGCUGUCGCAGGCAUCUCCUCACGAUAUCAGUAAUGUGUUAAAACUUUACCUCAGACAGCUUCCAGAACCCAUCAUGCCGUUCCGUGUGUAUCAUGACCUGAUGGGUUUGGCGAAGGAAAGUCUGAACUCGAACCCUUCAGAGGCGGGUGAGGAGGUGAAGGGACCUGAGCUGGUGGAUCGUGGGUCAGAAACAGAAGCAGAAGUGUUGAUGCUGGUGGAGAAACUCAGAGAGCUGCUGAAACGCCUGCCGGGACCCAACGUCUCCACGCUGAAUUACAUCGUGAGACACCUGCGCAGAGUGUGUGAAGUGGAGCAGGAUAAUAAAAUGAGCGGCAGUAAUUUAGGCAUCGUGUUCGGCCCAACUCUUAUGAGACCCAAACCCACCGGAGCCACGGUGUCCCUCUCAUCUCUGGUGGAUUAUCCACAUCAGGCUCGAAUCGUCGAGGCUCUGAUCAUCUUCCAACACAACAUCUUCAUCUCAUCUUCAUCACCGACCUCACCUUCAUCCACCUGUAUGACAGGAGGCCAGGAUCGUAAGGCUGGAACUCAUGAAGAACACAACACAGCAGAUGGGGAAUUUGGUGACUCUGUGGGUUCUUCGGGUUCUCAGGAGCGUUUACCUGACUCAGAUUCUGACGGAGAUGAAAUGAACGGAGGAGACACACAGCGCCCCCCUCUGCUCAGUCAGGAGAGCGAGACCAGCACAGACGAAGACCAGCUGAGUCCCAGAAUAAGUCUGGAUCUGAGCGGAUUCGUACCCGAUACCAUCCCAGAACAGACCACCGUCUGCUCAUUUAAACACAGGCACUGGAGCUGUCUUCUCUUGGUUUAUAGGAGAAAAAAUGGAUGAAAGGUCUUUGCUGAUGUAAGUGUUGAUAGAUAUUUAAUAGUGGACUGUGUGUGUGUCAAUGGACAUGCUGCUGGUCAGUGUGCUGCUUUGAAUGCUUACACACUUUUUUUAGAGAGAAAGAGACACUGAUGUUGUAUCAAAGAUUUCCUUCAUCUGAAAUCUUCUUUCAUCAGUGUGUUUCAUUGAUGCUGUGAUAGCAGGAGGGUCAUACAGACUGUCUGAACAGCCCUGUGACUACUGCGGAUACAUGGGAAAUAUGUCUGAACAGCCCUGUGACUGCAGAUACAUGGGAAAUAGUUACUGAUAACUUGAUAAACACUUAACACAACCUUGACAACCACAAAUUGACUGAAUUAAAGAACAUACUGUGUAUAUAUUUUGGAAAACAAAAAUAUUUAAUAAAAUGUGUCAUUUCUACUAGAUGAUGAUUUGUUUCUUUCAC